AUGAAGAUUACAGCACCCCUUUUCACACUUAGCCUUGUCGCUACAGCAUCUGCCUUUCAGUUGCAGACUCCAGGAGCCCGUUUCUCCCAACUCAACUCCGCUCCUCCAGCCACUGGUGGCCCCGAGCCAAUUGCCCGGUCUGCCGGUCUAGCUACUCCUGGUAAGGUCAAGGCUGGAGAUCAGACCACACCGGUUGUGAUUCAAGGUGAAUCCCUUCGUACCUGGUCGUUUACUUCGGCCGCCGUCGAACGAGUCCAAGUCAUCAUGAAGACAGAAGGCCGUCCUUUGGAUACCGACCUUGAGUUGUGGCAAGGACCCGACAAUACCCCUCAAAAGAUGCGCGUCUAUGUUGAGGAUGGUAAGAUGAGAACAUUCAACUGUAUCAUCGAGACCCCAAGAGGCCCAAACACUGUCUGCAUCCGCAACACAGCCCAUAUGGAAUUCCCUCUAUAUGCUGGUGUGGCCCCUAUUGAUGGUGUCGGUCUAGAGUCCAACGCAACUCCAAGAACAAUCCAGGGAGGAGCUCUCCGCACAUACCCCUUCGAACCAAACGUCGAUAGUGUCAAGGUUGUCCUUCAAACGGAUGGGCGUCCGUUGAACUCCCGUAUCGAGCUGUUGCAAGGUCCUAACAAUAUCAAGCAAGUCAUGGAACUGUACACAGAAGAUGGUAUGGAUCGUCCUUUCGUCACUAUCCUUGAGACCCCAGGAUCUGGAAAUGUUGUUCGUAUUGUCAACACCGCCACUAUGGAAUUCCCAUUGGUGUGCCAAGCCGAACCCUUCUUGAUUCAAGAUAUUGCUUCAUCGGCAGAGGCCGUCAUGGGCGGAAGCGGACCUGGAUUCAACCCCUGGUAA